AUUAUGAGUAAUUGCCCAGUUUCCAAAUUGAUUUGGAAGAUAGGAAGAAUAAUUAGAGAAAGCUGUGAGGUGAAAGCGAGGCUUUGCUCUGAAUUCCCAUCAGGCUCCUCUGUUAACAAUGCCAAGAGUCAGGCAGCUGAGGAGCUUGUUUUUGCUGUGAGUGAAGAUGACCAGUGUUCAGGCUGUCCAGUCAAAUAAAACAUCACAAGACACUUCAACAUCAUCCAGAUGUUCUGCCCGUGGAAUUAAAAGAAAGUCAUUCUUUGAUGAAACAUGGGAUGUAAGUGGCACCGGUAAGAAACCUGUGCGAGCAUGCGAAAGAUCUGGUUGCCCGGCAACAAUCCCCAUCUGUUUUGCCAAUUCCACUGAGAGAUGUGUUGGCAGUGGUUAUACUUCUCGUUGGCAUCAUAUAUCAGCCGGAGAGCAUUUUUGUAAUGAAUGCUUUGAAUAUUUCUACAGAAGUCAUAAACUCGGUUAUGAAACCUUCUGCAAAUGGAAGAGUGAAUGGUCAUCAAAAGCCAAGAUGGAGGCUUCGGUCUGUGUGUUCAUGGCUGACAAAUUGUUACCAUUCUGGGUUCAGUGUACGCGGCCUGAGUGUUGCAAGUGGCGGCAGCUCUCCAGAGAUUUUGACUUGUAUCCAGAUUUUAUUCGUAACUUCACCUGUGGGAUGACAUCAGAAGGGAAAAAGAAAGAAAGACAACUUGAAGCAUGUGCUGUACCAGAAGAUCAUAGAGUAGAAAUGUGUCGUUCUCCUUGGUGGUUUAGCCAGCUGACAGCUAGUGUAGGGCUGAAGAUGUCACCAUCAUUACACUUCCUAUCAGAUUAUUCUUCAGAUGCCAUAGGACAUUGUCCUUUGGAUGCAACUUACCUUCAGCCGGAAAAUACAUCAACCAAAACAAAAGUAUGGGAGAUGUUUGGUCAACCUUUCAGUCACAGCCACGAAACGGAUACAGCUGGAACUGUUAAAGCAGAUGAAAUGAGUGAAUCAGAACGCAAUUACUUUCCGCAUUUAGCCAGAGAACCAAAAAUCUUUCUCAGUCUACGCAAUCUCAUUAUAAGUUUAUGGAAUCUUAGCAUAAAGGAAUGGAUGACUUGGCAGCGGUGUGCUAAUUAUCUGAUUUAUAGAGGUGUUUCAAGAAUUAAGUGUGUUGAAUUAUUACAGUCGAUUAUUUACUAUCUUACUCGGGAAGGUCUUAUUAACAUUGGUUUGCUGCAUGAUCCACCAACUAGCUUAUUGCUACCAAAUGUAAACUAUGAAAAUCAUUCAGUUAUUGUGGUUGGGGCUGGCAUUACUGGACUAGCAGCAGCGAGACAGUUAUCUAAUUUUGGAGUGAAGGUGACUGUAUUGGAGGCUCAGAACUGUUUAGGAGGCAGGGUUGAUGAAGCAAGUAAUAUUGGAGAUAUGUGUUUGGGCCAAGGAACUCAAAUAAUCAACAACUGUGUUAAUAACCCAAUUUGUUUGAUGUGCAUGCAGGCAGACAUAGAUAUGAAAAUUAUUCGAGACAAAUAUGAAUUAAUCUUUGAAAAUGGUCAGCUGGCACUGCCAGAAUCUUGUCGCCGGUUGAAUUUCCACUUUAAUGCUAUUCUCGAUGUUAUUGCUGAAUGGAGGAAAGAUAAUGCUUUGGCAAAAGAUACAGGCUUAUUAAGCAAGUUUCGAGAAGCCCAUGACCAAUUUUUGGAGCAGUCCCAAAUAGAAUUUUCUCUGGACGAAGAAAAGAUCCUUGAGUAUUAUCUGGGUCACAUGGAGUUGGUCAGUGGUUGCAGUGUUGAAGAUUUAUCAUCAAUGCAUUGGGAUCAACAUGAAGCUUUUCCUCAGCUCGGCAGCUCCAGCAUAAUGUUAUGUCAAGGACUAUCAGAACUAUUAUGUCUUCUCUCUAAAGAUUUAGAUAUUCAAUAUAAUGUUGAGGUUGUAAAGAUUGACUAUAGUGAAGCUGAUGUGAUAGUGCAUGCAUCAUCUGGAGCUGUUUUCCGAGCCAAUAAGGUGUUGGUUACAGUUCCCUUAUCUGUGUUACAAAAAGAUGUUAUUGAUUUUGUGCCUCAUCUGCCAGUAGAGAAAACUAAAGCAAUUAAGUCGCUUGGUGCUGGUGUUAUUGAAAUGAUUGUUUUGCAGUUCAAGAAGAACUUUUGGCGUGAGAAGGUGAAAGAUGUUGAUGUCUUUGGUUAUAUUGCCUCUGAUGAAAGCUGCCGGGGGCUGUUCAGUGUGUUCUAUGAUCUCUCAAAAGUCCAGAAAUCUGGCAAAGAGACUCACGUUUUAGUGACCUAUAUUGCUGGGAAUGGUCUGAAAAAAGUGAUGGGUAAAUCAAGUGAAGAAAUUGUACAAGCGUGUAUGGAUGUCUUGAGUAAGCUGUUCCCAGAACAGAAAAUCCCAGAACCUGAGCAGUAUUACACAAGUCACUGGCAGAAAGAAAGUUCCAAUCGUAUGUCUUACAGUUAUGUCCCGGUUGGUGUAGACGCUUCUGUUUACACACACAUUGCACAACAGCUCCAUGACAAGAUUUUUUUUGCUGGAGAAGCCACCUGCCGGCAGUUUCCACAGUCACUGGCUGGUGCUUAUUGGAGUGGAUUAAGAGAGACUGAAACAAUUCUGAAGUGUUUUGAUCAAUGACCUGCCAACAACCGACUUCCCUUCGAUCACCUCCACUCACUUUCUCUUUGAUUUCAUUCUGUGCAUGAUGUUUAAUGAAAUUCUCCUCGUUUGUUGCCUCGUCAGUCUCUCCACAAUAAGCCAAUAUUUGUUAAACACUUGGCUCUACUGUUAUAAUUUCUGAUCUAAUACACUUGUUACUCAUUUAUUACAAGCAACUGUACACUCAUCAUUAUUCUAUAUAAAUUAUUAUUAUUAUCA